AAACCUGAGACAGGGAGGAGAAAGGAAGAGUCUGUUUGCCUAACACAGACUGAAAGUAUUGUAACAUUCAGCCUCCAGUGUUAAAGCAGCAGAAGUUAAAGCAGCGAGUGCAGCAGCACCUGACACUAGAGAGGGAGGGAGGCAGCCACAAGCAAAAAAGAGUUAACUCUCUAGGUGUGAGUCAGUAUUACUUGAAACAGGCAAGUGGUGGAAGGCAGGAGAAUGUUUACUCUGUAGACAUGUUUGCAACUUACCUGAAACAUCGUGCUUCCAGCUGGAAAUAUAUGUGGACUGUACCUUGGUAAGAGACUUUCUUCCUCUUUCUGAAUCCAGGAGACAGAUCAUUUGAGCACAGUUUUGAAUGAAGAUGGCACUGAACAGAGUGAAAAUGGGAAACAUUUUCUCCGGAGCCUCCCUCGUGAAGUUCAAGGGACCUUUGUUUUUCUGAUGAUUAAUUCUUUCACUGGUAGUAGCAACUGCCAGUUCACUGAGUUUCAGAAUUACUUCUUUCUCCAAGUCUACAAAGUGUUGAAGCCUUGUGUUCAAAUUGUUUCAGAGUAUUGGCAGGAGGCAGGCAGUUUUUCAGGGUAAUCAAGCCUGUAAAUGCUGUGUGAAGAACCAUUGAGUUUGCAGACGUGAAAUGCUGUGAAAAGGCUGCCACACUGUGUAGCUCAUAUAUUGUGAAUCACAGACAACUGAGAAAAGGGACAAAGUUGAUAAUGAAAAUGGACAUGAAGGAUGCUGACAUGACUGUAUGGACAGAGGCUGAAUUUGAAGACAAGUGUACGUACAUUGUGAACGAUCAUCUCAUAGAGCCCGGCACAGAAGGAUGCAAUGUAACCCAAGCUGAAUCUUCCUUGCCCAGGAACUUAAUUUUCAAAUAUGCUGGAAAUGGCAAAGAGGUUGUUGGAGUUGUUAGCAAAGACAUAAUCCCGAAAGGAACACGCUUUGGACCCUUGGUUGGUGAAAUCUAUACCAGUGACACAGUUCCUAAGGAUGCAAACAGAAAAUACUUUUGGCGGAUUUAUUCUGGUGGUGAACUCCUGCACUUCAUUGAUGGAUUUAAUGAGGAAAAGAGCAAUUGGAUGCGAUAUGUAAACCCAGCUCAUUCCGCUCAGGAGCAGAACCUGGCUGCUUGUCAGAAUGGAAUGGACAUCUACUUCUAUACCAUUAAACCCAUCCCACCAGGCCAAGAGUUGCUUGUGUGGUAUUGUCAGGACUUUGCAGAUAGGUUGCACUAUCCUUCUACUGGAGAUCUGGGGAUGAUGAAUAUCACUCAAAGCCAUAUUAACCCAAAGCAGCAAACCAGUGACAAAGAGGAUCUUAAUCAGAAAAAUGUUCCCAGAAGAGAACACAGUGUGAAGGAAAUCCUGAAAACUGAUUCUACUAAUCCUAGAGGAAGGGACUUAUUCUAUAGUCACAUUUCUCCUCAAGAAAAUGACUCAGAAAGCAUGAGAAAAAAUUGUAGCCCUGAGAGGCCCUUCUAUCCUCGAAUUGUCUACCCAAUCCGACCUCAUGUUCCAGAAGAUUACCUGAAAGCCUCCCUAGCCUACGGAAUUGAGAGGCCUAGCUACAUUGCCCACUCCCCAAUCCAGUCUUCAACCACACCAAGCCCUUCAGCAAGAAGUAGCCCAGACCAAAGUUUGAAAAGCUCAAGUCCUCACAGCAGCCCAGGAGUUACAGUUUCACCCCUAACAUCUCUUACUCAAGAGCACAGAGAACCUUAUCCUUACUUGAAUGGACUCUAUAACUCAGAAGGAUUGGGGUCAUAUCCUGCAUAUGCACCCUCGAGCCAUCUCCCGCCAACCCUUCCCUACCCCAAAUUCUUCUUGCCACCCUAUGGUAUGAGCAUCAACAAUUUCACCCUCUUUCCAAGUGUGUAUCCUUUCUACAGCAGCUUGCUCAGUGGAGGAAGCAUUUCUAAUCACAUGUUGAACUCAUCCUCUCUUCCAAGUUCGCUGCCCUCUGAUGGGAGCCGCCAGCUUUUGCAACCCAACCAUCCAAGGGACUUCCUCAUUCCAGCACAUAACAGUGCCUUCUCCAUCACAGGGGCUGCUGCUAGCAUGAAAGAUAAGCCAUGCAGUCCAACCAGUGGAUCACCCACAGCGGGCACAGCAGCCACAUCAGAACACAUCAUGCAACCUAAACCUACCUCGGCAGUGUUGGCUGCCACCAGCAGUGAAGAAGCCAUGAAUCUCAUCAAGAGUAAGCGAAACAUGACUGGUUACAAAACUCUUCCAUAUCCACUGAAGAAACAGAAUGGGAAAAUAAAGUAUGAAUGCAACGUCUGCUCCAAAACAUUUGGCCAGCUCUCUAACCUGAAGGUUCAUCUUCGAGUACACAGUGGAGAAAGACCAUUCAAGUGUUCUACUUGCAAUAAAGGGUUCACACAACUGGCACACCUCCAAAAGCACUAUCUGGUACACACAGGAGAAAAGCCCCAUGAAUGCCAGGUCUGCCAUAAACGAUUCAGCAGCACAAGCAACCUGAAGACCCAUUUGCGGCUCCAUUCCGGAGAAAAGCCUUAUCAGUGCAAGCUUUGCACUGCUAAAUUCACCCAGUUUGUGCACCUGAAACUGCACAAGCGGCUGCACACCCGAGAGCGCCCGCACAAGUGCAUCCACUGCCAUAAGAGCUAUAUCCACCUCUGUAGCCUCAAGGUCCACUUGAAGGGCAACUGCCCCGUCAUCCCUGCAUCUAACCUUUCAACUGAGGACCUGAAUCGGAUCAAUGAAGAGAUUGAGAAAUUUGACAUUAGUGAUGGUGCAGACCGGUUGGAGGAUGUUGAGGACAAUGUAGACAUGACUUCUGUGGUGGAAAAAGAAAUCCUUGCUGUGUUUAGAAGAGAGAUUGAAGGAGCCACACUUAAAACCUCAUUGCAGAGGAGCCUGGGAAAUGGGCGUGUCUCUUCUGGAUGUAAUCUUUUUGAAUCGCCAGAUACGUCCUUUGUGAAGUUGCCUCAUGGUCAUCCACUACCUCGGGGACCUAUAAAGGUCAAGCAAGAAACAGUUGAACCAAGAGACCCUUAAAUGCUGUGGGAUGUGUGUGUGAAUGUAGAUGGAUGAGAGUGUAUGUGUGCACCUUUGCAUACUUAUGGAUUUGUAUGUGCGACAGAGAAAUGAUUCUUUUUUUUCUUUUUCUUUUUUUUUUAAUUUAUGACUUGGCAAGUCAGGGUGCCUGUAGCAAUUGCUUGUACAUAGUGUCAAUGCUGCAAAGCAACCUUGGCUUAUUGUAGUUUCUCUAAAUCCAGUUAAAAGAAGGAACUCCAAAGUUGUUGAAUUCUCAGGGCAUAAAACAAGGCAAGGACUGUG